AAAGCCUCUAUAAAUACACUUCUCAUCCACCUCCACAAAGCACAGAAUCGAAGUAGUAGUUGAUAACUAUCAAGCAAUAUCCCUCUUUCUCUUUCAUCUUCUGAUCAUUAUCUAGUUCUUCAGAAACCCAAGAUGUCUCUGAUCCCAAGCAUCUUCAAUGGUCGAAGAACCAACAUCUUCGACCCAUUCUCUCUAGACAUAUGGGAUCCAUUCAUGGACUUCCCUCGCCCUCAACUCGCAAGCGAAACAGUGGCAUUUGUUAAUGCCCGAGUCGAUUGGAAAGAGACCCCUGAAGCCCAUAUCUUGAAAGCUGAUCUUCCUGGGGUCAAGAAGGAAGAAGUGAAGGUGGAAGUUGAGGAAGGUAAGGUGUUGCAGAUUAGUGGAGAGAAAAGCAAAGAGAAGGAAGAGAAGAAUGACAAGUGGCACCGUGUGGAGCGAAGCAGCGGCAAGUUUUUACGGCGGUUCAGGUUGCCGGAGAAUGCAAAAGUGGAUAAGGUGAAGGCCACUAUGGAAAAUGGUGUCCUAACUGUUACUGUACCCAAGGAAGAAUUGAAGAAGCCUGAGGUUAAGGCCAUUGAGAUCUCUAGCUGAACUCUGAAGGGGUAGAACUGAAAAGAAUUUCUUGAUAUGUUUAUGUUAUGUUUUUCUUUCAUGAGAUGUUGUGUGGAAUAAUUAGAAGAAGAAAAAGAAACUUAGUUGGGAAACUGAGUUUAGUGAAGCUCGCUCACUGAAGCUGGUAGUUAAGUUGUUAUCUCUAUUUUGUGUGUUUUAACUCUAAAUAAAUGGUUAUUAUAUAGC